CCAAAUCUAUCACUAUGCGAGAGAUUGUUCACCUUCAGGCAGGUCAGUGUGGUAACCAGAUCGGAGCAAAGUUCUGGGAGGUGAUCUCUGAUGAACAUGGCAUCGACCCGACUGGUACCUACCAUGGCGACUCUGAUCUCCAGCUCGAGCGUAUCAACGUCUAUUACAAUGAGGCUACCGGCGGCAAGUACGUUCCACGAGCCGUGCUCGUCGAUCUCGAGCCAGGCACCAUGGACUCUGUCCGUUCUGGUCCAUUUGGUCAGAUCUUCAGACCAGACAACUUCGUCUUCGGCCAGAGCGGGGCAGGGAACAACUGGGCCAAGGGACACUACACAGAGGGCGCUGAACUGGUGGACUCUGUCUUGGAUAUCGUGCGGAAAGAAGCUGAGAGCUGUGAUUGUCUCCAAGGUUUUCAAUUGACACACUCUCUUGGUGGUGGCACGGGUUCUGGAAUGGGUACCCUUCUUAUCAGCAAGAUCCGUGAAGAGUAUCCCGAUCGAAUUAUGACAACAUUUAGCGUCGUCCCUUCGCCGAAGGUUUCAGACACCGUUGUCGAACCCUACAACGCCACCCUCUCCGUCCAUCAACUGGUCGAGAACACCGAUGAGACUUUCUGCAUCGACAACGAAGCCCUCUACGAUAUCUGCUUCCGUACCCUGAAGCUCACUACUCCGACCUAUGGUGACUUGAAUCAUCUCGUUUGUGCAACCAUGAGUGGCAUAACGACCUGUCUGAGAUUCCCUGGACAGUUGAACGCAGAUCUCCGUAAGCUGGCUGUAAACAUGGUUCCCUUUCCUCGUCUUCAUUUCUUCAUUCCUGGCUUUGCUCCUCUUACUAGCCGUGGUAGUCAGCAGUAUCGUGCCCUCACUGUUCCUGAACUCACUCAACAGAUUUUCGAUGCCAAGAACAUGAUGGCCGCAUGCGAUCCUCGCCACGGCCGCUACCUGACCGUUGCCGCCGUUUUCCGUGGCCGCAUGUCCAUGAAGGAGGUCGACGAACAAAUGCUCAACGUACAAAACAAGAACAGCAGCUACUUCGUCGAAUGGAUCCCGAAUAAUGUCAAGACCGCUGUUUGUGACAUCCCUCCUCGCGGACUUAAGAUGUCCGCUACCUUUGUAGGCAACAGCACCGCCAUCCAGGAACUCUUCAAGCGCAUCUCUGAGCAGUUCACCGCUAUGUUCAGACGAAAAGCCUUCCUCCAUUGGUACACUGGUGAGGGUAUGGACGAGAUGGAGUUCACUGAGGCUGAGAGCAACAUGAACGACUUGGUGUCCGAGUACCAGCAGUACCAGGACGCCACCGCCGAAGAGGAGGGCGAGUUUGAAGAAGAAGAAGCAGACGACCAAGACUAUCAAGAAGAGAGUUAGCUUCAUUCCGUCAUAUCGAUCACCAACGAUAGAGUAAAAUAGGACCCAAAAGACCCGAAACAUAUUAGUCUUUAUUUUUCUUGUGGUAUAGUCGUGUGACUUGAUUUAAUGAAGGUGUGAAUCGUUAUAACCAUGUAUGAUGAAUUUAUGAUAACUAAAUUGUUUCAAGUCUUAUUUAUCCUCAUUUCCCCAAAAACGUAUAUAAACAUAUUAAAUAAGAUACCUAAAUAUGUACCAAUGCAUUCCCUAAACCUCCUGGACAACUCAAUGACAGCAUGUUUAUUAAUGUCUUGUGAUUAUGGCUAAAACAGUAACUCAGAAAAGCAAAUAGCUACAUAUACUACUGUGUACGUUGCCUUUAUCGAUUUUGAAAAAAACCAAGUUUACCUGGUAAUUAAUCUAGUUUCAUACAUCUGAGAAUAAUGCCCUUUUUUCGUCAUUUUUAAAAUUUCUAAUUAAAUAAGAAAAUACGUUACUGUAUGAUUUACACUUUUUUCACAGUGAAAUACUAAUCAUGCUUACCGAUGAAGGGAAAUUCAAGAUCAUUUCAUCAAUGUGUGCAUUUUUAAACAAAUGCCUAUCAUUCUUAUUUUACACUAACCAUGUUAUAAACUAUUUAUUGAACGAAA